AUAUGGAAGAGAAAAUGCCUUAAGUUUUUAACUCAGUUAUUUGAUACAGUGGGAACUGAUUAAAAGGAGUGGGCAACUCCUGAUUUCUCUUCCCCUUUCACUUGCCCACAGUUUUCUCAACUAUGGCAAGUGAAGUGGAGAGGUCAUAGGCAACUAUAUUAUCCAACUGGUUACUCUUGCCUGGACAUUCCACAUUCUUAGUACCACUGAUCAAGCCUAUGGAAUUCAUAGAAAGGAGACACUACUACCUAACCCAUUCCUUUAAUAGAUCAUAGUGUCUUCAAUAGGCAUGUAGUCAAGGCUAACUUUAAUCAUUAACCUCUCUAGAGAAAGUAUCUUCAAGAAAAGAGAAGAUCUGGCAUGGCACAAAAUAGUUUGAACUGAUUGGUGUUCUCCAGGUAAAAUUGUAAACAGGAUGUCAUAGUGGCAUAAUUUUUAUUUGUUAACAACAGAAUCAUGUUGGAAAACUGAGUUUUGAGGAGGGACCAGGAAGCCAUUUAUAACUCGUAGCAUCUCUCCAGGUCUUGUCUGCACCAUGUCAACCAAACCUAGCAUUGAUAAGAAGCGGAGGUUAACUUCCCGGGCAUCAGUCCCAUCUGCUGUAAGUCCACGGGCAAUGUCAGUCCCAGAACCAGAGUCUCCCAAGGAGGAACCUCUCAUAUCAAUCGACACAAGUAGUGAUGACCAUGAAGAAAUGGUAUUAAAAGAAGAAGAAGGAGAAGGAGAAGAAGAAGAAAGUGAAGAUAUAUUUGAGGAAGUGAUGGAUGUGAAGUUGUUCUUCCGAAGCCGAAUGGUGUUGACAGGCCUAGCAGAUUCCAUAUGGACAGAGGAGCAUAAUCAGAUCCUGGAGGAGUUUAUAAUGGAGCCUGGAGAGCCCAUUCUCACAGUAUUCAUUGACCCCUGUGCAGGGCUUAAGCUAGAACUGGGGAUGCCCAUUCAGAAUCAGAACCAGCUCAACUACUUCAUUCGACAGUUGCCUGUCCCCAUCACCCCUGAGAACUUUGAGGUGACUGUGCAGUUUGGGACAGUUCGAGGUUCCCACAUCCCAGCUCUACUUCGUCUGCUCAAUGGCAUCUAUGCCCCACAGAUUUUUGGCAAUGUCACUUGGCCUGAGAGCAUCCGAAAUCAGUUUUCCUCUCAUCUUCACAAGUUCUUGGCCUGUCUGACAGAUACUCGGUAUAAGCUGGAGGGACACACUGUCCUUUACAUUCCCAUGGAAGCCAUGAACAUGAGUCCAGAAGUAGUAGUGAAGGACAAAGAGCUGGUACAACGAUUAGAGACUUCCAUGGUUCAUUGGACUCGACAGAUAAAGGAGGUACUCAGUGCCCAGGAAGCAGUAGACACUGGUGAAAACUUGGGCCCUCUGGAGGAAAUCGAGUUCUGGCUCAACCGGUGCAUGGACUUGUCUGGAAUUAGUACACAACUGGUCAAGAAAGGAGUAAAGCACAUUGAGUCAGUCCUACGUCUUGCCAAGUCUUCUUAUUUGACUCCUUUUCUGAAGUUGGCUCGACAGAUCCAGGAUGGUUCCCGGCAAGCACAGUCAAACCUGACCUUCCUGUCAAUCCUGAAGGAGCCCUAUCAGGAACUGGCAGUUCUGCAGCCUAAGGACAUACCCAAUAAAUUCCCUCUUCUUCUCAGUCUCAUACGCAUUAUCUGGGUCAACUCCCCAUACUAUAACACACGUGAGAGGCUCACCUCCCUCUUCCGAAAGAUGAGCAACGAGAUCAUACGUUUGUGCUGCCAUAAUAUUUCCCUGGACCGAAUAUUUGAAGGCUAUGUCAAUUCUAGCAAACAGAGUCUGCGCAGCUGCAUAGAAUGCUGUCAGGCAUGGAAGGACCACUACAUGCAGGCUGUACAAUUACAUACGCAGUUCUCCAACCGGGGCUGGGUUUUGGACCAGACAAGCAUAUUUGCCCAGGUUGAUGCCUUUGUACAGCGUUGCAAGGAUCUUAUUGAGGUUUGUGACUGCCAAUAUCACUUUGCUCGUUGGGUGGAUGGCAAGCAGGAAGAUAUACCCUGUUUCUUUGGUGCUGAAGGGCCCCAAAUAGCACGUAAUUUGCUGGAGAUUGAGGACAUCUUUCAUAAGAAUCUGCUCAUGCUACGGGCUGUUCAUGGGGGCAUUCUAGAUGUCAAGAACACAUCUUGGCAUGAGGAUUAUAAUAGGUUCCGGGCAGGAAUUAAAGAUCUGGAGGUGAUGACACAGAACCUGAUUACUGCAGCCUUUGAGACAGUUCGAGAUGUAGAACAUGGAGUAUUGCUACUGGAUACCUUUCAUAGACUUGCAAGCCGCGAGGCUAUAAAGCGAACAUUUGACAAGAAGGCAGUGGAUCUGUACAUGAUGUUCAAUGGGGAAUUGACUCUGGUGAACCGGGAACUAAGCAAGAAAUGGCCCUAUAUACCUCCAUAUAUGGGCCAGUAUUCUGGUCAUGCCUUUUGGGUGCGCACCCUGCGUCGUCGCCUUGAUCGUUCCAUGAAUUGCCUCUCAUCUGCCCAUUUUCUGCCCCACAUUGGCACUGGAGAGGAGAGUGUCCACACAUACCAGCAGCUGACCCAGGCUAUGGAUGAAUUGGUUCGAAAGACUUUUCAAGAUUGGACACAGACUGUGGAAAAGGACAGCAUUCGGCGACUGGACACCCCAUUGCUGGGGAUCAGUACGGAGAAGCCAGGAAUGCUGGAUGUCAACUUUGACAAGACCCUGCUGAUACUCUUUGUGGAGAUUCAUUUUUGGGAAAGGUUGCUGUUUGAGACUCCUCAUUAUGUAGUGAAUGUAGCUGAGCGUGCUGAGGACUUGCGAGUCCUGCGUGAAAAUUUGUUGCUUGUUGCCCGAGAUUAUAACAGGAUCAUUGCAAUGCUGUCCCCAGAUGAGAGGGCCCUAUUCAAAGAACGAAUCCGUUUCUUGGACAAGAAGAUCCAUCCUGGACUCAAGAAACUGCAUUGGAUCCUGAAAGGAGCAAGCACUUUCUUCAUCAAUGAGUGUCGUAUACAUGCCAGCAAGGUUCAGAUGAUUGUGAAUGAUUUUAAAGCAGCCACACUGACAAUUGGCUGGAGGGCACAGGAAAUAUCUGAAACCCUAUUGGUUCGCAUUACUGGCAAGAAGGUUUACCAAGAUCUAGAAUUUGAGGAGGACCAAAAGGAGCAUCGAAGUGUAGUCCUGCAGAAACUGAUGUCUCUAUAUGAGGAAGUGGUGGAUAUCAUGAGUGAAACCUUUGAAGUCUUCAAGAAUGAUGGUGCUGAGAUUCAGCAGCAGUGGUUGCUAUACACAUUACAAUUGAAUCAUAUGAUGGAAGAAGCUUUGCGUCUCAAUGUCAAAUGGUCACUGCUAGAAUUGUCCAAAGCUAUCAAUGGAGAUGGCAAGUCCACCCCCAACCCACUUUUCCGAGUCCUUGUCAUAUUGCAGAGUGAUGGCCCUGGAGGUGUGGCUCAGGUGGAGUUCUCACCCACUUUGCAAACCCUGGCCAAUGUGGUCAACAGUAUUGGCAGCCACCUCAUUGACACAAUCUCUGUCUUCCGCCACCUUCCUGAAAUUCUUCUUAAUCGAAAGAUCAGUCGUGAUCCCAUCUAUGUGAUAGUGGAGCGAGAUGAGGACAUCAAGAAGAUCCAAGCACAAAUCAGUGCAGGUAUGACUACCAAUGCAAGCUUGCUCCAGAACUACCUCAAGACCUGGGAUACAUACAAGGAAAUUUGGGAGAUCAACAAGGACUCCUUUAUUCGACGUUACCAGCGCCUCAACCCACCUGUUUCCUCCUUUGAUGCUGACAUUGCCCGAACAUCCCCAACCCCGCCCGGAGGAUCUUGGCACCCUUUGCUCAUGGAGACUCUGCAGCAUGAUUUGGCUAAUACAGAGAGCCAGAUACCUCCCAUUCAUGAACAGUUCACCAUUUUGGAAAAGUAUGAGGUUCAAGUACCAGAGAAUGUGCUAGAAAUGCUGGACAGCUUGAAUGGCGAAUGGGUUUCCUUCCAACAAAUCUUGGUGGAUAGUGACCAAAUGUUGAAAAGGCAUAAGGAGAAGUUCAAGACAGGUCUCAUUCACUCAGCAGAUGACUUCAAGAAGAAAGCCCAUAAUCUUCUGGAAGACUUCGAUAGCAAAGGUCCCUUCACUAGCAGUGUGGGCUUUUCAGCAGCCUUGGACCAAAUUGCAGCUGUGCGGGCAAUGUUGGCUUCCAUGAGAGCUGAAGAAAGUGCUCUCCAUUCCAACUUGGGCAUCUUCAAGAUUGAACAACCUGCAUCCAAGGACCUACAGAAUCUGGAAAAGGAGCUUGAUGCCCUGCAGCAGGUCUGGGAGAUCACACGGGAUUGGGAAGAGAACUGGAACCAGUGGAAGACUGGCCGAUUCCUGACACUGCAGGCAGAAGCCAUGGAAAGCAUGGCUCAUGGGCUGUAUCGCCGCCUCACUAGGCUGGGCAAGGAAUAUAAGGACCGAAACUGGGAAAUCAUUGAGACAACUCGGUCAAAAAUUGAGCAGUUCAAGAGAACAAUGCCCCUCAUUUCAGACCUGCGUAACCCAGCUCUCAGAGAAAGGCACUGGGACCAGGUGAAGGAUGAAGUGCAGAGAGUGUUUGACCAAGAAUCAGAUAGCUUCACCCUGGAACAGAUUGUGGAGCUUGGGAUGGAUCAACACGUGGAAAAGAUUGGGGAAAUCUCUGCUUCAGCUACCAAAGAAUUGGCUAUAGAAGUGGCAUUACAAAAUAUUGCCAAGACCUGGGAUGUGACUCAACUGGACAUAGUGCCCUACAAAGACAAGGGCCACCAUAGGCUCAGAGGAACAGAAGAUGUAUUCCAGGCAUUGGAGGAUAACCAGGUGGCCCUGUCCACUAUGAAAGCAUCACGUUUUGUCAAAGCAUUUGAAAAAGAAGUGGAUCUCUGGGAACGUUGCCUUUCCCUCAUCCUAGAGGUCAUUGAAAUGGUGCUCACUGUCCAGCGCCAGUGGCUAUACCUAGAGAACAUUUUUCUAGGAGAAGACAUCCGUAAGCAACUGCCCCAGGAAUCAGCUGCUUUUGACCAAAUUAACCAAAAUUGGAAAAUAAUCAUGGACCGGAUGACCAAAGACAACAAUGCCCUCCGUAGCACCCACCAUCCAGGCCUCAUGGAUAAACUGGUGGAGAUGAACACAAGCUUAGAAAAUAUACAGAAAUCUUUGGACAUGUACCUAGAAACCAAGCGCCAUGUCUUCCCACGCUUCUACUUUUUGUCCAAUGAUGACCUGCUGGAGAUAUUGGGUCAAUCCCGAAAUCCUGAAGCUGUGCAGCCUCACCUCAAAAAAUGCUUUGACAACAUUAAGUCAUUACGAAUGCAGAAGAUGGGUGGAGUCAGCAGCAAGUGGGAAGGUGUAGGAAUGUUCUCAGGUGAUGGAGAAUAUAUUGAUUUUCUCCACACAGUGCUUUUGGAAGGGCCUGUUGAGGCUUGGCUCUGUGACGUCGAACGUGCUAUGAGAAACACUCUUAGGGAAUUGCUCCGGAAUAGCCGCAUUGCCCUCAAAAAGUUCCUUAACAAGAGAGACAAGUGGGUGAAGGAUUGGCCUGGCCAGAUGGGGAUAACUUCCAGUCAGAUCCAGUGGACAACUGAUGUUACCAAGUCCCUGCAGAUAGCUAAAGAGCGCUCAGACAAGAAAGUUCUCAAGGUCAUGAGAAAGAAACAGGUAUCAAUACUGAACAAGUACUCAGAGGCUAUCCGGGGAAACCUGACCAAGAUCCUCCGACUUAAGAUUGUAGCAUUAGUAACUAUAGAGAUUCAUGCCCGUGAUGUGAUAGAGAAACUCUAUAAGAGUGGUCUUAUGGAUGUCAAUGCCUUUGAAUGGCUCAGCCAGCUCCGCUUCUACUGGGAAAAGGAUCUUGAUGACUGUAUAAUACGACAGACCAACACACAGUUCCAGUAUGGCUAUGAGUACUUAGGUAACUCUGGUCGACUUGUCAUCACUCCUCUGACAGACAGGUGCUAUAUGACUCUGACAACUGCCCUUCACUUGCACCGUGGAGGAUCACCCAAAGGUCCAGCUGGCACUGGUAAGACAGAGACAACGAAGGACCUGGGCAAAGCCUUAGGCAUGUAUGUCAUCGUGGUCAACUGUUCAGAAGGUCUUGACUAUAAGUCCAUGGGUCGAAUGUACUCAGGACUGGCUCAGACAGGAGCUUGGGGAUGCUUUGAUGAGUUUAAUCGAAUAAACAUAGAGGUGCUCUCUGUGGUGGCUCAGCAGAUCCUCUCCAUUCUUUCGGCUUUGGCAGCAGGUCUCACUCGAUUCCUCUUUGAAGGUUUUGAAAUCAAUCUUGUCUGGUCCUGUGGGAUCUUCAUUACUAUGAAUCCUGGUUAUGCGGGUCGGACAGAGCUUCCUGACAACUUGAAGUCCAUGUUCCGCCCUAUAUCCAUGGUGGUUCCUGAUUCCACUCUUAUUGCAGAGAUAAUUCUAUUUGGGGAAGGUUUUGGCAACUGCAAGAUACUGGCUAAGAAAGUAUACACACUUUACUCACUGGCUGUACAGCAGCUUUCCAAGCAGGACCAUUAUGACUUUGGCCUUCGAGCCCUCACCUCUCUCUUACGAUUUGCUGGUAAGAAGCGUCGACUGCAACCUGAUUUGGCUGAUGAAGAGGUGUUACUGCUUUCUAUGAGGGACAUGAACAUUGCCAAGCUAACCUCAGUAGAUGUGCCAUUGUUUAAUGCAAUUGUUCAGGACCUUUUCCCCAACAUUGAGCUUCCUGUCAUUGAUUAUGGCAAGCUUCGUGAGACAAUUGAGCAUGAACUUCAGGAGAUGGGGCUACAGAACACACCAUUCACCAUGACCAAGGUUAUUCAAUUGUAUGAAACCAAGAAUUCACGUCACUCUUCUAUGAUUGUGGGCUGCACAAGCAGUGCCAAGACAGUCACCUGGCGUGUUCUGCAAGCAGCAAUGUCUGCUCUCUGCCGAGCUGGAGAGCCCAACUUCAACAAUGUUAAGGAUUUUCCUUUGAAUCCUAAGGCAGUAUCUCUAGGAGAGUUAUAUGGUGAAUAUGACCUCAACACUAAUGAGUGGACAGAUGGUGUCUUGUCCAGUGUAAUGCGGACUGCCUGUGCUGAUGAAAAGCCAGAUGAAAAGUGGAUCCUUUUUGAUGGUCCUGUGGAUACAUUAUGGAUUGAGAGCAUGAACUCUGUCAUGGACGACAACAAAGUGCUGACCCUUAUCAAUGGAGAGCGUAUCUCCAUGCCUGAGCAGGUGUCCCUGCUGUUUGAAGUGGAGAACUUGGCUGUGGCUUCUCCAGCCACUGUAUCUCGCUGUGGGAUGGUUUACACUGAUUACAACGACCUGGGAUGGAAACCUUAUGUUCAGUCCUGGCUAGAGAAAAGACCAAAGGGUGAGGUAGAGCCACUUCAACGGAUGUUUGACAAAUUUGUCAACAAAAUGCUAACCUUUAAAAAGGAGAACUGCCAAGAAUUGGUUGCUGUCCCUGAAUACAGCGGCAUCAUUUCCCUCUGCAAACUCUUUUCAGCCCUAGCCACUCCAGAGAACGGGGUGAAUCCAGCUGAUAUUGAAAACUAUACCAACAUGGUGGAGAUGAACUUUAUAUUCAGUCUUAUUUGGUCAGUGUGUGCAUCUGUGGAUGAGGAGAGUCGCAAGAAGAUAGACAGUUUCCUCAGAGAGAUUGAGGGAUCCUUUCCCAACAAGGACACAGUAUUUGAGUACUUUGUGGACCCCAAAUUGAAGAAUUGGAUGUCAUUUGAGGAAAAGUUGCCCAAGAGCUGGCGUUAUCCCCCAAAUGCCCCCUUCUAUAAGAUCAUGGUGCCCACUGUGGAUACUAUCCGAUACAACUACUUAGUGAGUGCCCUUGUAGCCAGCCAAAACCCGAUCCUGUUAGUUGGUCCAGUGGGCACAGGCAAGACAUCCAAUGCUCAAAGUGUCCUGCAGGCCCUGCCCACCAACCAGUGGGCUGUGCUCACUGUCAACAUGUCUGCUCAGACCACAUCCAACAACGUGCAGAGCAUCAUUGAAAGCCGUGUGGAGAAGCGAACAAAGGGAGUAUAUGUGCCAUUUGGAGGCAAGAGCAUGAUCACUUUCAUGGAUGACCUGAACAUGCCAGCCAAGGACACAUUUGGCUCUCAGCCACCCUUGGAACUAUUGCGCCUCUGGAUUGACUAUGGCUUCUGGUAUGACCGGGGAAAACAGACCAUUAAGCAUAUCAAAGACAUGUUCCUGAUGGCUGCCAUGGGACCUCCAGGAGGAGGAAGGACAGUCAUCUCCUCGAGGCUUCAGAGUAGAUUCCAUCUCAUCAACAUGACUUUCCCCACAGAAUCUCAGAUUCUCCGUAUCUUUGGUACCAUGAUCAACCAGAAGCUUCAGGACUUUGAAGAAGAGGUAAAGCCCAUUGGAAAUGUGGUGACUGCAGCCACCUUAGACAUUUAUAACACUGUGGUGCAACGUUUCCUUCCCACACCUGCCAAGAUUCAUUACCUCUUCAACCUUCGAGAUAUUUCUAAGGUAUUCCAGGGCAUGCUUAGAGCCAACAAGGCCUUCCAUGAUACCAAGAACAGCAUCACCCGACUUUGGAUCCAUGAAUGUUUCAGAGUGUUCUCUGACCGGCUGGUAGAUGUGACAGACUCUGAAGCCUUUGUAAGCAUCCUGAAUGAAAAACUUGGAAGUUUCUUUGACCUUGCUUUUCAUAACCUUUGUCCUAACAAGCGCCCACCCAUCUUUGGGGACUUCAUGAGGGAGCCCAAAGUAUAUGAAGACUUGGUUGACCUGACAUUACUAAAGACAGCCAUGGAAACUGCAUUGGCUGAGUACAACUUGUCUCCUGGUGUUGUGCAAAUACAGCUGGUGCUGUUCCGUGAAGCUAUUGAACACAUUACUCGGAUAGUACGAGUUAUUGGACAACCUCGAGGUAACAUGCUAUUGGUAGGAAUUGGAGGCAGUGGACGCCAGAGCCUUGCCCGUUUGGCAUCCUCCAUCUGCGAGUAUAUUACCUUCCAGAUUGAAGUUACCAAGCAUUACCGAAAGCAGGAGUUCCGAGAUGAUAUCAAGCGUCUCUACCGCCAGGCUGGGGUAGAUCUGAAGGCCACCUCUUUCCUUUUUGUGGACACUCAGAUUGCUGACCAGUCUUUCCUGGAAGAUAUUAACAAUAUUCUCAGUUCGGGUGAGGUCCCCAACCUCUAUAAAAGUGAUGAGUUUGAGGAGAUCCAGAGACAGAUCAUAGACCAGGCAAAGGCAGACCAGGUGUCUGAGACCUCAGAUAGUCUCUUUGCCUAUCUCAUUGAACGUGUGAGGAACAAUCUGCAUAUUGUACUUUGCCUCAGCCCUGUGGGGGAUCCUUUCAGGAACUGGAUUAGACAAUAUCCAGCCCUGGUGAACUGCACAACUAUCAAUUGGUUCUCUGAAUGGCCCCGGGAGGCCUUGCUGGAGGUAGCUGAGAAGUACCUCGUGGGUGUGGACCUUGGUCCUGAGGAAAAUAUCCACAAGAAAGUUGCCCAGAUUUUCGUCACUAUGCACUGGUCAGUGGCCCGCUACUCCCAGAAGAUGCUUUUGGAACUUCGAAGAUACAAUUAUGUCACUCCCACCAACUACUUGGAACUCGUUUCUGGAUACAAAAAAUUGCUGGCAGAGAAGAAGCAGGAACUAUUAGACCAAGCCAAUAAGCUUCGGACUGGGCUGUUUAAGAUUGAUGAAACUCGGGAGAAGGUGCAAGUGAUGUCAUUGGAGCUUGAGGAAGCCAAACAAAAGGUGGCAGAGUUCCAGAAACAGUGUGAAGAAUACCUGGUUAUCAUUGUACAACAGAAGCGAGAAGCUGAUGAACAGCAAAAGGCUGUUACAGCUAAUAGUGAGAAGAUUGCAGUGGAGGAAGUAAAGUGCAAAGCACUGGCAGAAAAUGCCCAGAAGGACUUGGAGGAGGCAUUGCCUGCACUGGAGGAGGCCAUGAGGGCUCUAGAAUCCCUGAAUAAGAAGGAUAUUGGAGAGAUCAAAUCAUAUGGACGGCCACCCACCCAAGUGGAAACGGUGAUGCAAGCUGUUAUGAUCCUUCGUGGAAAUGAGCCCACCUGGGUAGAGGCCAAAAGGCAGCUAGGGGAUCCGAACUUCAUCAAGUCAUUGAUCAACUUUGACAAAGACAACAUCUCAGAUAAAGUGCUGAAGAAGAUUGGAGCUUUUUGCGCCCAGCCUGACUUUCAGCCUGACAUCAUUGGCCGAGUCGCUCUUGCUGCCAAAUCUCUCUGUAUGUGGGUCCGGGCCAUGGAGCUGUAUGGGCGCCUCUACCGAGUGGUGGAGCCUAAGAGGGCCCGGAUGAAUGCUGCCCUGGCCCAACUGCAGGAGAAGCAAGCAGCACUAGCUGAAGCCCAGGAGAAGCUUCGGGAGGUGGCUGAAAAGCUGGAAAUGCUAAAGAAACAAUACGAUGAAAAACUGGCACAAAAGGAAGAACUCCGGAAGAAGUCAGAGGAGAUGGAAUUGAAACUAGAACGGGCUGGGAUGCUGGUGUCUGGGCUGUCAGGCGAGAAAGCCCGAUGGGAAGAAAAUGUAAAGGGCCUAGAGGAGGACCUGGGCUACCUUGUAGGAGAUUGUCUCUUGGCAGCUGCUUUCCUGUCCUACAUGGGUCCCUUCUUGACCAAUUAUCGUGAUGAGAUUGUUUCCCAAAUCUGGGUCAAAAAGAUCCGGGAGCUGCAAGUCCCCUGUUCACCUGGAUUUACCUUCGACAGCUUCCUUUCCAACCCCACCAAGGUCCGAGACUGGAACAUUCAAGGGUUGCCCUCUGAUAAUUUUUCCACUGAGAAUGGCAUUAUUGUCACUCGUGGUAACAGGUGGGCAUUGAUGAUUGACCCCCAAGGUCAGGCCCUGAAGUGGAUCAAGAAUAUGGAGGGCAGCCAGGGCUUGAAGGUCAUUGAUCUACAAAUGACUGACUACCUUCGUAUCCUAGAAGGGUCCAUCCAGUAUGGGAAUCCAGUACUCUUGCAGAAUGUUCAGGAAUACUUGGAUCCCACACUGUCUCCUGUCCUCAACAAGUCUGUCACCCGAAUUGGGGGCAAGCUGCUGAUGCGUCUGGGAGAAAAAGAGGUGGACUACAAUCCUGAUUUUCGCUUCUAUAUCACCACUAAACUGUCCAACCCUCACUACAGUCCAGAGACUUCAGCCAAAACUACCAUUGUCAAUUUCGCUGUCAAGGAACAGGGCCUUGAAGCCCAGCUACUGGGCAUUGUAGUGAGGAAGGAACGGCCUGAGCUUGAGGAACAGAAAGAUUCAUUGGUUAUCAAUAUUGCUGCUGGCAAGAGGAAAAUCAAAGAACUGGAGGAUGAGAUUCUCAGGUUGCUGAAUGAAGCCACAGGAUCUCUGUUAGAUGAUGUACAGCUGGUCAACACCCUACAGACUUCCAAGGUGACAGCCAUUGAAGUGACCGAGCAGCUGGAGACCAGUGAGACUACAGAGAUCAAUAUUGACUUAGCCCGUGAGGCAUAUCGUCCCUGUGCCCAGCGUGCUUCAGUACUAUUUUUUGUACUCAACGAUAUGGGUCGAAUUGACCCAAUGUACCAGUUCUCUUUGGAUGCCUACAUCAGCCUCUUCAUCCUCAGCAUUGAUAAGAGCCACCGAAGCAACAAACUUGAGGACCGCAUUGACUACCUUAAUGAAUACCACACCUAUGCUGUCUACAGAUACACCUCUAGGACACUCUUUGAGCGCCACAAGUUGCUCUUCAGUUUUCAAAUGUGCGCCAAAAUCCUAGAGACUUCUGGGAAACUCAACAUGGAUGAGUACAACUUUUUUCUACGAGGAGGUGUGGUCUUGGAUAGGGAAGAUCAGAUGGACAAUCCUUGUACAAGCUGGUUGGCUGAUGCCAACUGGGACAACAUUACCGAGUUGGACAAACUGGCUAACUUUCAUGGGCUUAUGAAUUCCUUUGAACAAUAUCCUCGUGACUGGAACCUGUGGUACACCCACUCAGCACCUGAGAAGGCGAUGCUUCCUGGUGAGUGGGAAAAUGCCUGCAAUGAGAUGCAGCGGAUGCUAAUUGUUCGAUCCCUUCGCCAAGACCGAGUGGCUUUCUGUGUUACAUCUUUCAUCGUCUCCAAUCUAGGUUCCCGAUUCAUUGAGCCUCCUGUGUUAAAUAUGAAAUCGGUAAUGGAAGAUUCAACACCACGUACACCACUCAUCUUUAUCCUGUCCCCCGGAGUAGAUCCUACUAGUGCUCUGCUACAACUAGCAGAGCAGAUAGGCAUGGGCCAGCGUUUCCACGCCUUGUCUCUGGGUCAGGGCCAAGCUCCCAUUGCUGCUCGACUCAUCCGUGAUGGUGUACAACAAGGGCACUGGGUAUUCCUGGCCAACUGCCACCUAUCACUUUCUUGGAUGCCACAACUGGAUAAGCUUGUGGAGCAACUGCAGGUGGAGGAGCCACACUCAGCUUUUCGCUUGUGGCUCAGUUCCAGCCCCCAUCCUGACUUUCCCAUCUCCAUCCUGCAAGUCAGCAUCAAGAUGACUACUGAGCCUCCCAAAGGUCUGAAAGCCAACAUGAAGCGGCUGUACCAUUUGUUGACAGAAACACAGUUUUCCCGAUGCAGCAAGCCAAACAAAUACAAGAAGCUACUUUUUGCACUUUGCUUCUUCCACUCGGUCCUGCUUGAACGUAAGAAGUUUUUACAGCUGGGCUGGAACAUCAUUUAUGGCUUCAACGACUCUGAUUUUGAGGUAUCUGAAAAUCUUUUGAGCUUAUACCUUGAUGAGUAUGAGGAGACACCAUGGGAUGCCCUCAAGUACCUAAUUGCUGGUGUCAAUUAUGGAGGACAUGUCACUGAUGACUGGGAUCGGCGCCUUCUCAUUACCUACAUCAAUGAUUAUUUCUGUGAACAGAGUUUAAAUACUCCCUUUUUCAGGCUUUCUGUACUGGAAACUUAUUGCAUCCCCAAGGAUGGGAAUCUAGCUUCUUAUAAAGAGUAUAUCAGCAUGCUUCCUGGCAUGGACCCUCCUGAGGCCUUUGGCCAGCACCCCAAUGCAGAUGUAGCAUCUCAGAUCACAGAAGCACGUACUCUCUUCGAGACCCUGCUCUCCCUGCAGCCCCAAAUCACACCCAUUGGAACUGGGGCCCAGAGCCGGGAAGACAAGGUCCUUGAGCUGGCAGCUGAUGUGAAACAGAAGAUACCUGAGACAAUUGACUAUGAAGGAACACGAACUCUUCUGGCACCAGACCCUUCCCCACUUAAUGUGGUCCUGCUACAAGAGAUCCAGAGAUACAACAAGCUUAUGGAAACCAUUUUGUUCUCACUAAUAGAGCUGGAAAAGGGUAUUCAUGGUCUUGUUGUCAUGUCCACCAGCCUGGAGGAGAUUUUCAACAGCAUUUUUGAUGCACGUGUCCCCCACCUCUGGGAGAAGGCCUAUCCUUCUCAAAAGCCUCUAGCAUCUUGGACUCGGGACCUUGCUCUUCGAGUAGAACAGUUUGCAACGUGGGCUAGCAGAGCCCGACCUCCUGUGCUUUUCUGGUUGUCUGGGUUUACCUUUCCCACAGGCUUCCUGACUGCUGUGCUGCAAGCUUCUGCCCGUCAAAAUAAUGUCUCCAUUGACAGCCUCUCUUGGGAGUUCAUUGUUUCCACUGUGGAUGACAGCAACUUAGUUUAUCCACCCAAGGAUGGUGUUUGGGUUCGUGGCCUAUUCUUGGAGGGUGCAGGUUGGGAUAAGAAGAAUUCAUGCUUAGCAGAGGCAGAACCCAUGCAACUUGUCUGUCCUAUCCCUACCAUACACUUCAAACCUACUGAGAGCCGAAAAAAGAGUGCCAAGGGCAUGUAUUCCUGUCCCUGCUAUUACUAUCCCAACCGAGCAGGCUGUGCUGACCGAGCCUCCUUUGUAAUUGGCAUUGAUCUUCGAGCUGGAAGCAUGCCAUCAGACCACUGGGUCAAGAGAGGAACUGCCCUGCUGAUGAGCUUAGAUAACUAAGGGAAAACUAUGGCAGUAUUUACUCAUCCUUGGAACCCGGAGGAGAGGAAUUUGGGUUUAUGAGGCUUAGCUUCUGAAUCUGGAAAAGGCCUGAAAUUGAGCAUAGAGUGGAGGAGCCACAUUCCCUUGCUUUCGUUGCUCUAGAAAAACUCUGGAGCACAAGGUUUAUUUAUGAAGAGAGGAGGAGUUAAAAUCAUCUCUUCAUUCAAUAAACAUGUUUUAAAUUUGUUUCUGGAUCCUUCGAUAAUGGAAUGUCAUGGGGAAAAGAAGAGGGUGCAUUAAUAUACAUA